GGCCCUUGUGCUUGUUGUACUCCUUCUCCAGCGCCAUGAACAGCCUCCCCAUCACGGCCUUCAAGAAGGCGCUCGCCGCCGCGGACUCCAUGGAUCAACCGGAGGGAGGAGCAGCAGCCGAAGACCUGCAGGCGGCAGCCCACAACUCUCCAGCAAGUCCAGAAUAUAUGCACGGACACGCCCAAUUUAGUGCAAAAUUAGAUGCACAAUGUCUUCGGGCACAAGAAAGAUAUCUAUGGAGGGCGCCAUGUUCAACCUCCCAGAGAGGCUCGACCGGCUCCUGCAUCGUCACGGUAGCAUCCUGCCCAAGGGAGCAGAGAAUGAGAUACCGCUCAUCAAGCAAGACAUCGAGCAGAUAAUCUCCAUCCUAGACCUCCAUCGCCACAAUAACAACACAGCGAAACUGGAGGACCAUGCCAUGGUUGUCAGGUGCUGGAUGAAGGAGGUGCGCGAGCUGUCCUACGACAUCGAGGACUGCAUCGACCAGUACGAGGACUACGCAGAGCAGCAGUAUGAGCACGUUGCUGUGUUACCUGUGUACCGAAGUUAUACUCGUCGCCGUAAGUUGUUGCGUCGGCGGCGUGGUGGGAGCAAGCAGAUCCCUUGGGUUCCAGAGAAGCUGAAGCAGCGCCUAUGGAUGGCCAACAAGAUCAGAGAAUUCAGCCUACGGGUGCAGGAGGCGCUUCAGCGCCACGGCGACGCCGUCUGCAGCCUCGGUGGCACUGCAAACACUAAUGCCUCUACUGCUAGAGACGAUGCAUCUUCCGUGUGCAGAGAGCGCGCUGGUGGCGUCCGGCAUGUCGGUCUCGAUGCUGCCAUUAACAAUGUCCAGGAGUGGGUGACCGAUGGAGAGAAGAAGAUGCUGAGGGUGGCGUCCAUCGUGGGAGCUGGAGGAGUCGGCAAGACCACGCUUGCCGACGAGCUGUACCGUAAACUUGGACGGCAGUUCGAGUGCCGGGCAUUCGUGCGUUCGUCCCAGAAGCCUGAUGCGAGGGGGCUUCUCAUCAGCAUGCUCUCGCAGGUUCGCCCGCAGCAGCCACCUGGCAAUUGGAAGUUGCAUAGCCUAAUUUCCAAUAUCAGGACACAUCUGCAAGAUAAGAGGUACUUGAUCAUAAUUGAUGAUUUGUGGGAUAUAUGCACAUGGGAUAUUAUUAAGUGCACAUUACCAGAUGGCAAUAGUUGCAGCAGAAUACUAAUCACGACAGAAAUUGAGGAUAUAGCUCUGCAAUCUUGUAGUCAUGACUCGGAGUAUAUUUUCAAGAUGAAACCUCUUGGUGAGGAUGACUCAAGAAAUUUAUUUUUCAGUACAGUUUUCGGUUCUCAUUCUAAUUGUCCUCCAGAACUCAGUGAAGUUUCAUAUGAUAUUGUAAGAAAAUGUGGUGGUUUGCCGCUAGCUGUUGUCACUGUUGCAAGUCUUUUAGCAACUCAACUUCAGAAACAAGAGCAAUGGGAUUGCAUAAACAAGACCUUAGGUUACAGUUUGUUGACAAAUCAUAAUCUAGAAGGGAUGGAACAACUACUGAACCUUUGUUACAACAAUCUUCCUGAGCAUUUGAAGGCAUGCAUGUUAUAUCUUAGUAUGUAUCAAGAGAAUAACAUAAUUUGGAAGGAUGAUCUGGUGAAUCAAUGGAUAGCUGAAGGCUUCAUCUGUCCAAUUGAAGGGAAUGAAAAGGAAGAAAGUUCAAGAGCCUAUUUCAAUGAGCUUAUUGGUAGAAAUAUUAUCCAGCCUGUACAUAUCAAUGACAAUGGUGAGGUUUUAUCUUGUGUGGUUCACCAUAUGAUCCUCAAUCUUAUUGCGCGCAAGUCAACAGAAGAAAAUUUUGUUAUUGCAAUAGACCAUUCACAGGCUACUACAAGACUUGCUGACAAGGUUAGACGAUUAUCUAUUCACUUUGGUAACGUAGAAGAUGCAACUCCACCAACUAAUAUGAGAUUGUCCCAAGUUCGGACACUUGGCUUUUGGGGAGUCUUGAAUUCCAUGUCUUUUAUUGUGGGGUUUCAGCUUCUUAAGGUUCUAAUUCUACAUUUUUGGGGUGAUGAGGAUGCCAUCAGUUUUGAUCUCACUAAAAUUUUGGAACUUGUCCAACUGAAAUAUUUGAAGGUCACCUCCAAUGUCACCUUAAAACUGCCAACCCAUAUGCAAGGUCUGCAAUAUUUGGAGACACUGAAAAUAGAUGGCAAAAUAGGUGCAGUUCCAUCAGACAUCAUUCAUUUGCCAAGCUUGCUGCAUCUUAAUCUUCCUGCUAAGACAAACCUGCCCAACGGAAUUGCCCACAUUUCAUCGCUUCGUACACUUGAAUAUUUUGAUCUCAGCUGCAACACAGCAGAGAAUGUACAAAGCCUUGGUGAACUGAUCAAUCUCCGGGAUCUUCAGCUCACCUAUUCUCCCAUACAUUCUGACAAUCUGAAGAUCAAUAUGCAAUACCUUGGAUCCAUUCUGCGAAAACUCGGUAAUCUCAGGUGUUUAUCUCUAUCACCUCCAGGCUCUUCGUUUGCAAGUACUCUGCAUAUCGACAGUUCUACUAGAACGAGGAUCUCUGUAGAUGGCUGGAGCAGUGUGCCCUCUCCACCAGCUUUGCUUGAGAGGCUAGAGUUGUUACCAUGUGUUUGCAUCUUUUCUAGCCUCCCGAAUUGGAUUGGCCAGCUUGGAAAUCUCUGUAUUUUAAAGAUUGGGAUUAGGGAGAUAACAAGUAAUGAUGUUAAUGUUCUCAGGGGAUUACUGGCUCUGACUGUUUUAUCACUUUAUGUCCACACAAAGCCUGCAGAAAGGAUUGUCUUUGAUGGUGCAAGUUUCUCAAUCCUCAAAUACCUAAAAUUCAGAUGCAGCGUAGCGUGGAUGGAAUUUGAGGCAGGUGCAAUGCCUAAUCUCCAGAAGCUCAAGUUAGGUUUUGAUGUCCAUAGAGCAGAUCAACAUGAUACUAUUCCCAUUGGGAUUGAACAUUUGUCAGGACUUAAGGAGAUCUCUGCAAAAAUUACGGUCAAUUGUACUGCUGAUGAUCUUUGUAGAAGAUUUGCAGAGUCAGCUUUGACUAACGCCAUUAGGAUGCAUCCAGGACGUCCUAGUGUCAACAUACGGUUUGUAGAUUCGAUCUUUGAUGAUACUAAGGAUAAUAGCAAUGUCUGGACACAAGAGGAAGCACAUGGAACUCUGCAAAAACAACAAUAUUGGGUUUAUCACAGAAAUACCAAGGAUAAUAGCAAUGUCUGGACACAAGAGGAAGCACAUGGGACUCUACAAAAACAACACCAUGUUGUGAAAGAGGGCUUAAAAGAAAAAUCCGCAGUUCUACAAAAGGACCCCGGAGAAGGAGAAACUAAAAAUAUUGAGAGCAGAGCUGACAGCGGUGGCGAGUUCUUCGGCCCGACGUUCCACUCCGUCGGCGUCUACAUGGACCGCAAGUUCGGGCUAGACAAUGUCCACGUCGACGACGGCGGCAGGAGCAGGAGGAGGAGCAGCAUUCCCUACUUCUCCAGAGUCACAAGGACGGGUCCGCCGCAGCAGGAGGGCUCCGAGUCCGGGACGGCGCCGGUGUUCAUCCCUGCAGAGGAGGCGGAGGCCAACGAGCUCAUCUACAUGCCGUUGCCGCCCCCCGUCCCGUCUUCUUCGCCUGAGGGCGACACCGAGGUCGGCGAGAGAGAGACAAGCGGGGGCAAGGGGUCCGGAUCAGGAAGAAGCAGCUACGGCGGGUUCUUCGGCCCGACCUUCCUCGCCGUCGGCGGCUACAUGGACCGCAGGUUCGGGCUAGACAGUGAUAGCGAUGUCCGGAGACAAGAGGAAGCACAUGGGACUCUGCAAAAACAACACCAUGUUGUGAAAGAGGGCUCAAGGGAGAAAUCUGCAGUUCUACAAAAGGACCCCGGAGAAGGAGAAGCUAAAAAUAUUGAGAGCAGAGCUGACGGCGGCGGUAAGUCUUACUGCAAUAUCUACGUCGACGACGGCGGCGGCAGGAGCAGGAGCAGCAUUCCCUACUACUCCAGAGUCAGAAGGACGGGUCCGCCGCGGCAGGAGGGCUCCGAGUCCGGGACGACGCCGGUGUUCAUCCGUGCAGAUGAGGUCAAGGUCAUCUACACGUCGCCCUCCGGUUCGUCUUCGCCCGAGGGCGACAUCGAGGUCGGUGAGAGAAAGACAAGCGGGGGCAAGGGGUCCGGAUCAGGAAGCAGCGGCGGCGGCGGCGGUUUCUUCGGCCCGUCGUUCCACGCCGUCGGCGGCUACACCGGCCGCAAGUUCGGGCAAGACAGAGAAUGAUGUCGGCCACGCCAUGGAUGCUCCAUGCUCUCCCUUUUGUUUCGUCGUCUCGUCCCUAUGUGCAUCGUCUCUGUCUCUGCUAGCUGCAUAUUAGAUAUGGUUUACUUUACAACAUCGCAAACUUUAUAAAAAAAUAAAUUUAUAACCACAGUUUAAAUGUCAAACAUACCAUUACAAUCUUAAGUCGCGAAAUAGGCAACGAAAGACAAUUUUCCUUAAUAUGACUUCAAGAAUGUAAUGUUUAAGAAACAUCAUAAUAUUCUUUUACAUAUCCU